AUGCGAUUUGUUGUGUACCUUACUGCGCUCGCACCCUUGCUGGCAUUGGCUUCAGAUGCUGCGUCAGGCAACCAGCUGCAGCAAGUCAGGCUCUCAAUGGGAUCUUCAGAGUCAUCGGACAAGCGAACUUUGACCUUGCGGGUCAAAAAGGUGCAGAGGAAGAAGAAAGUGACCAAGCAUCCUGCCAAAAGCACGUCGGGCAGAAAAGCUUCCCCGUCAACCAAGAGAGCAACGCUGACCAAGAAGCCCAUCUCGACGGCGACAUCCAGGAGCACCAUACCCGUGUCGAGCAAGGUAUCGUCGACGUCAACAAAGACAGGCACGAAGGCACCGAUCACUAUCUCGAUAGCGCAUCCAAGCUCAACCAGAGUGGACAUCAGGACGAGCACAGCGCCCAGCAAGACGACCGCUGCUACCCACACCUCGACGAGUGCGCCUCUUCUCAGCUCCGGCUUGCUGCAGCUCGUCAAGACAGAUUUGGCCUCUGUUGCGACAGAUAGCUGGGUCAUCGGAACUCAGCUGGAAACUUUGACAGAGUAUGACUAUCCUGACCUUUCAGUCUACGGCUCCACACCCUUUCCAGUCCUAGGUCUCGGCAUGGUGCCGAACGAGAUCAGCGCGAUCGUCCAAAAGGUCCUUGCACGCAGCGACGGCACUGGUCCCCUCACUUUUGGCGACGGCGCGACGGGUGAUCCUGCUUCGCUCGGCACUGGCUACAUUCUUGCUUCAUACUAUGCCGACGACUCCACUCCCGAUCUGUACGCUCAGCCAUGGACUGCCGCUAGCAAGAGCCAACGAGUGGGUGACGCGGCAUCGCUUGUGAGUGCAGUCUACAAUCAGCUGCAAUACCUACUCGUCAACGUCACCCGUGACUCGAACGGCGCGAUCUCUCACCGGGCCGAUCAGACGCAGCUGUGGUCAGACAAUGUCUACAUGAGCAUGCCCUUUAUCGCAUACUAUGGCGUCGCAACGGGCAACCGGACCAUGCUCCAGCUUGCCGUCACCCAAUGUCAGGCUUACUUCAAGAGCAUGACCGACAGUACUGGCACGAUGAAGCACAUAGUAGGAGGCUCCUGGGGCGAUGGCGGCCAUUGGGCAACGGGCAACGCAUGGACAGCUGCCGGGAUGCUGCGCGUGCUCGCAACCGUCCGGAAGUCACCUUGGGCCGCGUCUAUGGCGAGCCAGCAAGCGAGCCUGGUCAGCAUGGUUCAGACUGUGGUCAGCAACUCCUGGAAAACUGCGCUGAGCAAUGGAGCCUUGCCCAAUUAUCCGGACACAAAAUACAAUUUUGCGGAUGCAGCCUCGACUGCUCUGAUGGCCUCAGCGACGUAUCGGCUUGCCGCAAUGGGCUAUGCAUCGGCUGCCAAUAUCGACGCGGCAGAGCGCGGCAGAAUGUUCGUACAGCAAAACGUCGGCAGCGACGGAUGGCUCGCUCACGUCGUCGAUCCUCUAUCGUGGAAUGACAUGCUGACGGGCUCGAAGCAUUCGCCAGAAGCUCAAGCAUUCGUCUUGCUCAUGUCUGCCGCCUAUCGUGAUUGGCGCACCUGA